UGCGCUUGCGCGGAGGGUCGGCGGUUUGUUGUUUUUGUUUGAAAUGUGGAGAAAAUACGACCGAUAAAGUUUUAUUUAUACCGUUUUCACGUCACUUCAUGGUCCUUAUUACGGAGAUUUGUCCGCAGAAGACAAACGCUCACGCUGGUAGAUGUUUGAAAAGGUUCUUUUGAUAUUAGGGGCUUGGUUUUAAUCUGACAAUGUUCUCCGGCAAGGCAAUGGCACCAUCAAAAACCUCAAAACAGACUGCAGCUGCAGUAUCAAAGAUCAAAAAUAAAAUUCUCAACACCUCAUCCUUCUUCAAGGUCUCACUGAAGACCAACAACAAAGACUUGGCUGUUGCCUUGCAGGCCCAGAAGCAGAGGAGCAGGCAGCUGGAGAUGCAGGUGGUGGAUCUGCAGAAGCAGAUGCAGUCUCUCUGCUUCGAACUGGCCACCAAAAAAUACAAACAGAGGAAGCUGCUGCUCAUCUUUAAAGACUUGCACAGCAGAACCCUGGAGCACCUGGACAUGGCGGUAGACCUCGUCUCAGACAGUGAUUCUCCAGGGCUGACAGAAGAAUGCAAUAAUUUGUUUGACGACAACAUCAAGGAAAAUGUGGUUUCAAAAAGUGAUCAGGUACUGCUCCAGCCAGACUGUCCAAGUAAUGUCUCGAGUCCCAGCAAGACCCCCUCAGUAAAGUUGCCAGUUGAAAACAACAAUGAGGAUGAAGUCGGUGUCCUAAACAGAUUCAGUCAAACCACGGAUAUCUGUAAAGAUAACGCAGAUGCUGAGAAAAGGCUUUCAAGCCAGCAUUCACACAUGACUCUGCAGGCAACGCCCUGUCCGUCCAGGAGCAGCCUGAGGGACGAAGUGGAGCGACUUUCAGUGAUAUACUCACAUUCUGACUUUGACGUCAACUCCGUGCUCUGUCCUCCGAGCAUUCAGUCAUGUAAAAAGUCCACACCGCCCCUUUCUAGCGAUACCAGCGCCCCCAUUGAUGCCACCCUGAGGACUGAACCUCAUGUCAACAGACAAGAGAAAACCCUGCUUCUCGAUACAACUAUGGAGAUGACGCUGAGUAACAGUGGUGAGAUCGUCACUGUGGAAACCAAAGCCAAGAAGAAAAAAAAACACUCCCCCAAGCCGAAAGAUGCAGCAUAUCAGGAGAAAGCUGGUGCUUCAAGUGAGGAGCUGCAGAACUUGGUUGGUUCGAAGCCGAGUGAGGAACCCCCUGGGACUUUGGUACAAACACAUGAGUUUCCGGAGCUUCAGGAACCCCUAAUCAACUCCAAAAAUAUGACCAUGUCUCGUAUCCCCAAGCUGGGCACCAAUCCACAAACAAAAACUUCAAAGAAAAAAUUAAAGUCCUGUGCCCAAGCUUCAGCAGACCUGGACGAUUAUUUAACGGAUCCUAAAGUUAUGUUGUCAAAUGCCAGCAGAAGUGCGUCAAAGGAAGAAGAAGCACACGUAGCCAGUUCAAAAGUCACCUGCAGACGCUCCAGAAAAAAAUGCAGUAGGGUGUCUGGUAUUAUCCAAAAAUCUUCAGAAACCAUCCAAAGCCUAGACAGAGAAGAGCAAGUCCACAAUGAAGAGGAACAACAGAGCAAUAACCAGGAACUACCUGAAGAGUUAAUGUUCUCUGGAGGACAGUCAGGACACCUGCAGCAGCCAUCUGCUGUUGGCAAGAGGAAGACGCAUCACAAACCAAGAUGCAGAAAGACAUUUAUCAUCUCUGUUGACACGAACAGCACUUCAAUGAACCCGGGUGAGGACCUGAUUCCACCUGCAAGAUCCAGCGGUGAGAAAGAAGACCUCCAGGAAGUCGUGGACGAAGUCCUCAACACACCUCUCACUCCGUCAGAAUCAAGCCCACACACGGAGACCCACAGUUCCUGGAAACAACCACGAGUGGAGACUCGCGAGUCCAGGAGCUGUGAGGAAGGCUGGCUUAAUCACGGUCAGGAUGAAGUCCCGCCUUCCACGAGUUCAGUUCCAAAACGUAAAAAGGCCAGAAAAGAAACGGAUCAGUCCAGCAAGAACACAUCCAUGCUACCAGAUGAUAGUGCUGAGCUUUUAAAUAAGAAGCAUAAAAAGAAGAAGAAAAACCACAGCAACCUAGAGUCUUUGUGUGACCCUGACCGCAGGGAUGACCUUCCUCUCUGCAGCAUCGAGCAUCCUGAAGUCGGUAAAGAACUUACCGAGGAUUUACAAACGCUGUCCAGAAAGGACGGGCCUGACAUCUCUGAACGUCCAGAUGAGUCAAAACGGACAAGGUCCAGGACUAAUUCAAAGCUCCAUAGAAAGGCAUCAACUCCGCAGGAGGCCACAAACGCCAGGGAGACAUUCGUCGCCUACAGACGGAAAACUAAACAGAAGGACAAAUGGGAAAGUUUGUGUGGGGCUAUGUCGGCAGCUCUGGACCUCAGCGAUGAUGUGUUGAACCAGAAUGUGGACGAUCUGCUGACGGAUGAGCUGCCCGGCGACAUCAGCACUGCAUACACAGAGCCGGCUUCUUUACCCAGCACCCCCAGCAGGGGGACAUGUGACUGGGUGUCGGUGACUGAGGCGUCUCCCGCUGUCACACACGAGCCCGCUCCAGGACGAAUUUUAACAACAGUGACCAACAACAUGGAAAGCCCAGGGAACGAAGACGGGGGGAAAACCAGGAGGAGGAAGUGCGUGGUGAAUUAUAAAGAGCCGCCCCUGAACAGCAAAAUAAGGCGCGGCGAUCAGUUCACCGAAACCACUUUUUUGAGGUCUCCGGUUUUUAAGAAUGAGAGGAAGAAGAAGCAGAGGAAGAAGAUGAACUGAUUAUUCUACUCUUUUUAACUUUUUGUUCUAGUUUUUAAGACCAAUAAACUUGCUUUUUACAGUUUUUAGUUUAUUAACAAGGGUGGAAAUGACUGUGUCUGGAAGAACUUCUCUUAAGUACACAUUUGAAGGACUUGUGGUAACUUAUCGAAAAAUGCAAUUCUUAAUUAAUCCAUGUCGCUCAUAAACAAUAUUUUUUUGGUCAAACAGAAGUUAUUCUCAGCUGCACCUGAAUGCAAAACACUUACCAUCAACCCCACUAAUACUAGCAAAUAUCUGCUUUUCCUUCAAUGCAUCAGAAGUAAAGAUCUGAUGUAAACAUGUUCCUUAAACACUUGUUUGUUUUUACAUGACCUGUAUCUGUUUUUGAACUACUGCUCCUGGUUGACCCUGUUGCGGCCAGUAUCUGAUGAAUCCACCGCUGCUCUGGUCGAGACUGGCGGCUUGUGAAUUAUUCACUCGUGGCUGCACAUCCGAUACACGUGCUCCACUUCUUGCUCUCCUGCACAGGUUAAAGACUCAUAGUUGCACAACUCCAGCCGAGAAUGUUUUAGGGUUAUUUGUGAGCAUUGUAAGAGUGUUGCACUGAGCUCCAGUUCAUCCCCAGGCAGCGGUGGGCGGUGAGUACAAAUGCUUUGUUUUACUUGUGUUGUUGUGUAUCCGUCCUCACGGCUGCAUCCUUGGCUGUAUAAAAAACAAAACAACCUUAUCUUGGCUAAUGCAAGCAAACAUCUCCUGUUUUACUGAGCUCGCAUCCCCACCUUUAAAGACAAUUCUGUCCAUUUGUUUCAGAAACACACUGUUCACAGUUCUUUGUUUUUAAGAAACUUUGUGUUGUAGAUUAUUGUUUUAUAAUUCAAAUUAAAAGACAAAACAUUUAACAACAAAAGUAUUGAUUCUGUACUUUUUU